AUGAAUGAGGCUACCCAUUCAAUAGCCGACCAAAAGCAAAUAGGUGAGGAUUUGGAAAAGUUCCGAUUUCGUUCCAAAGUCUUAGACAAACUCCAAAUGAUACAACAAGAACUCCUUCUUAUUAGGAAGUUUCGUGAGGUUGAUGUGAAAACUUUCCACGACUUGAUGCAAAAGCAUGACGGCUCCUUGGCCGCCGUAUACCUUCAAUUACAAGAAAUUCAAACAGAAUUACAAAAACUUCGUAUUCGUGAAGGUUUGAAAGUCAGUGAAUACUUUGGUGAAUUUUUGUCUAGUGAAGAAAAGGCUGAAAAGGCACCUGGUCCAAAUACAAUUAUUGCACAUGAAGACUUACCUUCAUUGGAAGAGCCAUGCGACAUGAAUGACUAUGAGUUUGCAGAAAGAACACAGGCCUAA